GGAACUUCGUGCUUAGAAAAAAAAAAAAAAAAAAAAAAGCCAGGCAUACGUUCUGAAGGUUACUUCCAACAUUGCCCGCAUAUACUGAGUAUUAUUAAACGCGUGAAGUCGUUUAUCCUUAAUUUUAGAGCUAAUUAUGCGGUGUUAUGCGAAGCUGACAGAAGCAGCUGAAGGUGAGUGGUGAGGGUACCCACACAGCAUGUCCAGGGAGACGUUUGCCUUCAGUUCCGCCUCUCUGCGCUCCUUCCGGCUGGAGCGAGAGCAGCAGGAAUGGGAGGACGCGCGCCGUUCCCUCGCCCGGAGGAGGGCCUUGACGAGGACGCCCUUGGCUCCGGCCCCCAGGCUCUCCGGGCAGCAGCCCCGGACGACAGCUCCGCGAGCCCCGAUGGCGCACCGUUGCCGUGACCCCGCGGUUCACAACACAUUUGCAUGUGGGGACAUGCCAAGGGUGUACGCCGUGUUGCAAGACCCCACCAUGGUCAACGCCCUGAUGGAGACGGUGCAGGAGGAGAUGACGUGGGCUCCGGAGAUGGGGAUGUGGACACUGACGUCCAGGACGAAGCAGACCUCGGCACUGCGGCUGGCGGCGGGCAGGGGCCAUGCAGCCUGCGUGGAGGAGCUGCUGUUCCGUGGUGCCGAGGUGGACGCCAGCCCCGGCGGGAGGACAGCCCUUCACGAUGCCUGCGCCGGCGGCCACGAGUCCUGCGUCCAGCUGCUGUUGGCCCAUGGAGCCGAUCCCGACCGCCUGGCCGCCGACGGCAACGGUGCCCUGCACCUCUGCAGCUCGGCGGCAACUUUUGCGUGUGCUCAGCUGCUGGUGCAGGUGGGCGGGGCAUCGGUGAACAUACCCUCUGGAGAGGGUGACCUCACACCGCUGCACAUCGCCGCCCGCCGCGGCCUAGAGGAACAUGUGGAGCUCCUUCUCCGACAUGGGGCGGACGUUUCUGCUCGCAACCGGGAGGGUGAGACGCCACUCAACGCAGCCUGCGCAGGAGCGGAGCGUCCGAGAGAAGCCGGCCGCUUUCUACGAGUGGCGCAAAUGCUGUUGAAAGCCGGGGCUGACCCUCGAACGGCUGGCAGAAAGCGGCACACACCUCUACACAAUGCCUGUGGAAACUGCAGCCCGCGCAUAGCUGAGCUCCUGCUGCAGUACGGUGCCCAGGCUGACGCUCAAAACUGUGCCGGUUACACCCCCAUGGACUGCUUGCUGCAGGCAGUGGAGGACUUCCCAGACCAGCACCCAGAGGAUGUGGCUCGCUCACUUCUCAACCAUGGGGCACAGCUCGCCUCACCCCAGAUGCUGAAGCUCUGCUCCCUCUCUCCUUUGACACUGGAGGUCAUACUCAACUGCUACGAAAUCAUCCCCACAUGUGAGGAUUUGAUCAGUUCUGUGCCUACCGAAUUAUGGCAGUUCACGGAGCACCAACCUUUCUUUGAGUCUGUGCUGCGGAUGAAAGGCCAGCCACGCUCGCUGCAACACCUAUGCCGCUGUGCGCUUCGGCGCCACAUGGGAGCACGGUGUCACUCUGCCAUGAAGGAGCUGGACAUCCCUGCCUCGAUGAAGGAUUUCCUACUGCUAAGCCCAGAAGGACAGCUGCGAUGAGAGCUGCAAACGCUCAACUUCAAGAAGUUCUGUGGCUCGAAAAUUGAUUGUGCUGCUCUGAGAUGUUAACUGAAAAAAGAAAGGCAGCUCAUUGCAUGUCUUGUUUGUAAUAACCACUAAAUAAAUGCA